CGCCGGCAUCAUGCCGCGACACACCGCGACCCGCCUCGCCGCGUUGGCGCUGGCGCAGUGUCGUGCGCCGUCCGUCUCCCACGCGGGGCGUCUCCCGCCCUCGCUCGCGCCCUGGCGCGCCCUGGCCACGUCGUCGUCAUCAUCCACGUCCUCAUCGAAGCGAGAGGCCAACGCCGCCGCCGCGCGUCGCGCGCGCCUCGCCGCGGAAACCGCGCGCGGGCAGGGAUCCGCGGCUUCCGGCGGGCUCUAUCUCGCCGCCCUCGCCGUCGGCAUGGUCGGCGUCACCUACGCCUCCGUUCCGUUGUACCGCAUGUUCUGCCAGGCGACCGGCUUCGGCGGCACCACCAGGCGACGCACGCUGGAGGACAAGCUCGCGGAGCAGCGCAACCUGCCGGAGUCGGUCAAGGCGGCGGCGGCGAACAGGGAGGUUGUCAUCUCGUUCAACGCCGACGUCGCCGAGGGGAUGCCGUGGAGGUUCGUCCCGACGCAGAAGAGCGUGCGGGUGCGGCCGGGCGAGACCACCCUCGCGUUCUUCACCGCCAAGAACCGAUCCAACCGCGACAUCACCGGCGUGGCGACGUACAACGUGCAACCCAACAAGGCUGGCUCGCACUUCAACAAGGUGCAGUGCUUCUGCUUCGAGGAGCAGCGGCUGCGGGCGGGGGAGGAGGUGGACAUGCCGGUGUUCUUCUACCUCGACCCGGAGUUCGCGUCGGACCCGGCGAUGGUGGACGUGAACGACGUGAUGCUGAGCUACACGUUCUUCAGGAGCGACGAUUUCGACGAGCUGGAGGAGGAGGAGGGCGGCGGGGGCGGGGUUGGAGGCGGGGGCGGGGUUGGAGGCGGGGGCGGGGAGGGGAAGGCGACGGGCGUGAGGACGCACGGGACCGGGGCGGUGCCGCCGGGGAUCAAGGGACACGCCGCGUUGGGUUCGUAGACUACCGAGAGUCGUAAUUAAAAGCGCCAUAUGUGAUGAGCAAGCGUGAACCGCGCCAAUCAUUUC